UCGUGCAUGGGUGUAGCUAGUGAGCGGUUGAUCGAGCGCUCCAAAACUCGUAGCUCGAAAAUUGAACUCAAUUCAAAUCAAAGUGGAAAAGGCCUAGAGACGAGGCCUGACCUCAGACUUGACAAAUUCCAAAAACUAGUUACAUUUUGGGCACAAGUGGCGUAUACGCAACACCUGCAUAAAUUGCUCAUACGACGCGAUCGUACGAGACGAGUUUUGCGUGUGUGAUAAGUGCAAAGUGUCAACGAUUAAGUUUUGUAAUCUAAAAUGGGCUACGACGACGUCAUUACCCACCUGGGCGAAUUUGGUCGCUAUCAGAAACGCAUCUAUUUUCUUCUCUGUCUGCCGGCAAUUGUUUGUGCCUUUCAUAAAUUGGCUGGCGUGUUCCUCUUGGCUCGUCCAGACUUUCGUUGCCAGCUGCCCUUUGAGAAUGAUGAAACGGCACAAUUCUUAUCCUUGCCAGAGGAGAAAUGGUAUCUUGCUUAUCCAAAAGACAGUGUGACGGGCAAAAUAUCAACCUGCGAGUACUACAAUGUGGCCUAUACAGAGGACUAUCUCAGUGGCAGUGAACCCUUCACCCAGAACGGUACAGUAGAGUGCUCAUCACGUUAUCUGUACGAUCAGAGCAAGUAUCUGAAUAGUGCAGUCACUGAGUGGGAUAUGGUUUGCCAACGCAGCUUGAUGAGUGCCUCUAGUGAUUCGUUGUUUAUGUUGGGCGUACUACUGGGAAGCUUUGGCUUUGGCCAGAUGUCGGACAAACUGGGACGUAAGCCAACAUUUUUUGCCUCAUUGGUGAUUCAGUUAAUCUUUGGCGUUUUGGCUGCUCUGUCCCCCGAGUACUUUACCUAUACGAUUUCGCGAAUGAUUGUGGGAGCAACCACUUCGGGUGUCUUUCUGGUGGCGUAUGUUAUAGCCUUGGAAAUGGUUGGACCCUCGUAUCGUCUGUUUGCUGGAACAGUGAUGCAAAUGUUUUUCUCUAUAGGUUUCAUGCUGAUUCCGCUCUUUGCUUACUUUAUCCACGAUUGGCGUUGGCUACAGAUAGCUCUGACUCUUCCAGGAUUGGUUUUCCUUUGUUAUUAUUGGCUUGUGCCCGAGUCGGCACGUUGGCUGCUUAGCAAGGGACGGAAAGAAGAAUCGUUUGUGAUUAUUGAAAAGGCAGCCAAAGUCAAUAAAGUAGAAAUUCCAAGCCAGAUCUACGAUCAAUUAGUCGAGGAGGUGGCAGAGAAGAAGAAACAAGACGAAUUGGCCUCGUCUCAGCCAGCAGCUUCUGUACUGGAUCUUUUGCGUUAUCCGAAUCUUCGCCGCAAAACCCUGCUGAUCUUUUUCGAUUGGUUUGUCAACAGUGGCGUCUACUAUGGUCUCUCGUGGAAUACAAACAAUCUGGGAGGGAAUCAAUUAGUCAACUUUAUGAUCUCUGGAGCAGUUGAGAUCCCAGCCUAUACUCUGCUGCUUUUCACCCUGAAUCGCUGGGGUCGUCGCACCAUUCUGUGUGGCACAAUGGUUGUGGCCGGCAUCAGCCUCCUGCUGACCAUAAUUGUGCCUAGUGACAUGAACUGGCUGAUUAUAGUCUUUGCCAUGAUUGGCAAAAUGGCCAUCACCUCAUCCUAUGGUACAAUUUACAUUUUCUCCGCCGAACAAUUCCCAACUGUGGUGCGCAAUGUGGCCUUAGGUGCUUCAUCAAUGAUGGCUCGUGUGGGUGGUAUUCUGGCACCCUAUCUUAAGCUUUUGGGCGAAAUCUGGCAGCCGCUACCCCUGAUCAUUUGCGGGGCACUUUCUCUAACCGCUGGCUUCCUCUCUCUCCUGCUGCCUGAGACGCACAACAAACCGCUGCCAGAGACCAUUGAGGAUGGCGAGAACUUUGGCAAGAAGCAGCAGCCUCAAGCAGCUGCUGAGACGGGACAGAUGCAGGAAGAACUGAGUGGCAUGCUUAACGGAAAGGCCAGCUAAUUGCUGACAAUAAACACAAAUGACGCCUCUCAAUUGAGCAAACAACGAAUUUAAACAAAUUGCGACCGACUCAGACAUUUCAGAAGUAUUUCCACUCAUUCAUUAAGCAUGAUGUUCCAUUUUGAUUUCCCAACUAUUUCAUUAUAAAGAAGCCAUAUGAAAAAUUGUAAUAAAAAUGUCAUUGGCUUUUGUUUUGUCUCGAUGAAGAACCA